GUAGGGAGUCAGAAGAGAGAGCGCAGCAGCAAGCUAAAGCUCACAGCUGGCAGUCUCGAGGUAGAAGACAGCAGCAACAGCAGCGCGUCAUUAGUACUUCCUCGUCGCUAAGGGCACAUGGCACUUUUCCUGGUAACCAGGGAGUGAAACUGGAAACCUUAUGGUGGUUUAAUACUCCUGCGUUUAGGGUUAUACCUGAAAAAAGGAGAGAACAUUCAGUGAAACUACUCUGCAGUUUCCAGCUUUCAAAAGACGUGAAACAAAGUGUCUUUUGUCAACAGUACCUGACUAUACAACUGCAGUGACACAGUACCUUACAUCUGUCUCAUCCAUAACUGGACACCAGACCUACUGGAGUGGUACUUGUGAGCUACAAACUUGACUUCUCAAGUUACUCCAUCAACCAAUGAGUCCAUCUAAAAACUAAGGAUGAGCUGGGCAAGUUUCUUCUCUUUGCUGGUGUUGGGAAUGUUAUUUGAAUCAACAGAUGCCAGGAGAAAGCACCCACCAGGAGCAAUACCAUCACCCUACAAAGACAGAGCAAAUAACUCUGAAAGGUGGGCUCAAAAAAAACAGGAGGUGCUUACUUCAAGUCAAGAAGCCCUAGUAGUCACUGAAAGAAAGUAUCUAAAGAGUGACUGGUGCAAGACACAGCCACUAAGACAGACCAUCAGUGAGGAUGGUUGCCACAGUCGUACUAUUGUGAAUCGCUUCUGCUAUGGACAGUGCAACUCCUUUUACAUUCCACGCCAUGUCAAAAAAGAGCAGGAAUCCUUUCAGUCAUGUGCCUUCUGUAAGCCUCAGAAGUUCACCUCUCUAACUGUUGAGCUAGAAUGUCCUGACCUUGAUCCACCCUUUCGACUCAAGAAAAUUCAGAAAGUUAAACAGUGUAGGUGUAUAUCUGUCAAUGUUAAUGACUCACAUAGGAGGUAAAUAAGCAAUGAACUGAUGUAUAUCACUCACUACACAGGGUUUUGAAGUAUGUUUUGAUUAGAUAUCUUUUAUUCAUUUAUUUUCUUUGUGGUUUCUCACUCGUGUCUCAGAAGGUGAGCCAGGUCCACCUGCAAUAUGCUUUCUGUUGAAUGUCAUUCUUCAAACAGCAUGUGGAAAAAAACUUGGCAUCAGUUACAGGUGAAGUCAAGCUCACUGUCUGGAUCACCUACUCAGACAUUGUUCUAAUUUGCUUUGGCAGAAUAACUGAAUACAGUUACAGUUGUCUAAAAAAAAAUCCACUUUAAAGUUUCCACUGUGUGGAAAAAGCCAUCCCAUGUUAAGUGAGUGAUAUUAUCUUGGCCAUGGACCUUUCUGUUUUUGUUGCUAUCAGUAAAUCUCCAAGUCUAGAACUGUUUGCUUUUAUUUUAUGGACUGAUGCUGCUUGGAACUUGAUACAGUGCCAAAGGAGACUGGAGAAACUUUAAUCAGAGUGAACCUGAUGAAAAAACUGCUUCAGUGGCAGCAUGAAUUACACCGUGCUCCUUUAGAAAUGAAAAUUGCCUGGGGUUCUUGCAACUUGAAACACAUGCAUUAUUUGAGAAUUGUGUGAUAUAAUAUUAAGAUAACCUUCUGAAAAGAUUAUAUUAAAUGUGUUUUGCAAUAAUGUAUUUGUAUAUCUAAUUAUAGACGUCAACUGUUCUAAUAUUGUUUUCCCUGUAUGUAUACAUCUAUUUUAUUACAGAGUAUCUGUUAAGACACCACAAAAAUAUGACGAGUAUACAUUUUUGUAAUCCAACAACCUACAUAAUGAAAUACUUUGUGGUUUUUCAGUGUUUUCAUAUCAGAUGAUAAAUGCUGAGUGCAGCAUAUUUUUUUCUGUUAAGUAACUAUCAGGUUACUACUGUGCAGAGAUGCUUCAUUUAAGUUUCAGAAACUCUUAUAGCAAGUUCUGUAAGAGUUCACUGUAAAAACAUAAAAGGAAAUUUAUUUUACUAGA